GAGGUUAGGUUAGGACUCUCCGGUGUAGAGCUCUUUUUGUCUCCGGGUGAGAAGUACAACGCAGGAAGGUCAACCCCUGCCUACCGCCCCACUAUAAAAGCGAGCGCUUGCUCCUUCCAAGGCAUCAUUGUAGUUCCCUUGCUCACAAGAGGUAGACAAUUAUCAACUUACAAACAUGCAGGUCGCAAUCCUUGUUCUGAGCGCCUUGGUGGCAGCCGUCAGCGGCGGAGUCCUAGUGGCCCCCGCACCAGCCCUCGUCCGUGCCCCCGCCCACGACAGCGCAGUCAUCAAGUUCGACCGCGUGGGGGGCAACUUCGCCUACAGCUCGGUCGAGGCUCCCGCCUACGCCGCAGUCAGCCCCGUCAUCAAGACCGUUCCCACCCCCGUUGCCGUCAGCUACCAGGCCACCCCUGUCGUUCUGCCCGCCCCCGCACCUGCUGUCAUUCCCGCCCCCAAGGUUGUCGCCCCUGCCCCAGCCUACGCCUACGCCGCACCUGCUGUUAUCCCAGCCCCUAAGGUGGUUGCCGCCCCAGCUGCCUACGCUUACGCCGCCCCAGCUGUGAUCCCCGCCGCCCCCAAGGUCGUUGCUGCCCCCGCAUACGCUUAUGCCGCCCCUGCUGCAUACCCUUAUGCCGCCCCUUACAGCUACGGCUACGCCGCCCCCUACUACGCUUACAAGAAGUGAGCACAACAAAUGUUGCCAGCCUACACGUCACAGUUCCUCCCCAAAAUAUUGUUUACAAACGUUGAAAAUUUAUGAAUGUUGCUCAGUCAAUCGUAGUCUGAUUUAAAUCACUUUAAAACUAUGUAUUUCUUUGAAAUACAUAUCUAUGUAAAUUACCUUUCAAAAUGACCGUUCACUAUGUUUUACAUAAUUUAUUAAUUUAUAAAACCAAAUAAAUAUUGUCGUUUUUCAAA